CCUUGUCGCCUCUUCCGCAGGCCACGCUAUCUUGCGCUCCCCGCCUAGGUCCCCUCCGCCGCUAACCUGCGCACCAUCUCCUUCCUCCGUUCUUUCCCCUCUCGCCUCUCUCUCUCUCUCUCUCUCUCUCCCGCACUCGAUCGAAAGCGAUUGCCUACGGGGUUUGGGAGAUGUGGUAUGCUCCGACCAUCGAUGAGGCUGCUUUCGUCGCUGUUGAGGUCGUUUGCGGGGAAAGGCGAGGGCGCGGGGGGCAGUGACGGUGCCGCGGGCCGGGAGGGGCAGGAGGGUCUGCUGUGGUAUCGCGACCACGGACCCUGCUCGGCGGGCGAGUUCUCGAUGGCCGUCGUCCAGGCCAACCAGAUCCUGGAGGACCAGAGCCAGAUCGAAUCGGGCCCCUUUGGCACCUUUGUUGGCAUCUACGACGGCCAUGGCGGCCCCGAUGCCGCGCGAUUUGUCUGCGAUAAUCUCUUCUCUCAUUUCAGAGAAAUUUCAGUUGGACCACAAGGUGUGACAUGUGAUAGCAUUCGAAGAGCUUUCCUAGCAACAGAGGAAAAAUUUAUUGAAUUGGUUGGCCAACUAUGGAGCUCUAGGCCAGACAUUGCAACUACAGGAUCAUGUUGCCUUGUCGGUGUUGUUUGUCAGAGAACUCUCUAUGUGGCAAAUCUUGGUGAUUCUCGAGUUGUUCUUGGUAGAAAAGUUGGUAAUACUGGUGAGAUUGCUGCGAUAGCUUUGUCAACUGAGCACAAUGCUAAUAUGGAGGCUGUAAGACAGGAGCUUAGGUCCCAGCAUCCAAAUGAUCCAAAUAUUGUUGUCCUUAAACAUGGAGUUUGGAGAGUUAAAGGCAUCAUACAGGUUUCUAGAUCCAUAGGCGAUGAACUUAGGAGGACAAAAAAUCAAGCAAAAGACGUAGUUAGCGAGAAUGAUGACACAGGGAGCGAGUCGAUGAACUCAACGAUGUAUCCGAGGGACAAGUUGCUGCAGAAGAGUACGUCGGUGAAUGAGAAGGACGUGUGCAAUGUUCGAGGGAUGAGAAGUCGGGAGGAAGCCAGUUCGAGGAGAUUAGAAUUGGGUUCGGCCAAAACCAUGAUGCAAGCACGCGUGGCCGACCUGACGAAGCUGAAGGAUGCCGAGAUCGAAGCGGCUGCUGCCAAGGAAAUGGCGAGCCUUGGCCUGGCGCCGGUCGGCUCCAAUGAAGGCACGUAA